CUUGUCAAGUUGCUAUGCAACGGCUGAACACACUCACAUUACCUUGACAGCUUGGAAACAUCGCGAAUCUCUGAAUAGCGAUUAACUACCUUUUGCAGCAUUAAACUGUCUGUGAGAACCAUUUAAAGUCUAUAAAAUCAGUACAGUCGUUGAAGGGUAAGAGCGCUGUGCUCAAUCACUUCGCCGGGAGGGAGUCAGAGGAGAUGUCUGUGCCUUUCUCAUACACUCACCUCCGAGUGCCCCAAGGGUUCGGGGCACUCCUGGAGGGUCUGGCCCGAGAGGUGCUGAGAGAUCAGCCCGAAGAUAUCCCCGCCUACGCGGCCAAUUACUUCAGAAGUCUCCUGAAGGCUAGAGAUGAGACGGGAGAGGACCCAAUAUCAUGGGCAGCCAGAAUGGAGGACAGGUUUAAUAAUAGGUACUCCCUCAAGUAUGCUGACUUUAGGGACAAGCUGAAAGCUCCUGAUCCUGUGGAAACCAGAGAGCCUAGAGAGAGCAGAGUCCAGCCAGCAGAGACCGGCUCCCCUGAGAUCCCUGAGCCGGAGGAAGAGGUGGACCAGGACAACACGCCUCAGGGGGCCCAUGUCAGUAUGCCUCAGGAGCCCAGUAUGGAGAAGGAAGGGACUCUGGACAGUACUCCUCAGGGAGCCUGGGAGGAGGAGGGGGCCCAGGACAGCACGGUUCAGGGACCGGUUCAGGACAACGCGCUUCAGGGUCGGGGUCAGGGAGCGACUGAGCCGGAGCUGCUGUCAGAGGGCCUGGGUGGGAGUGGGGGGGUCGCUGAUGUGGAUGUCAGUUCAGAGGAGCUGAGGGGAGGAGGGCGCGGGGGGCCUGCUGAAGAGGCUGCAGAAGGAGGAGGCUCAGAGGAGGAGGAGGAGGUGGCCAAAGAUGGAGGUGUUGAGGAGGAGGUGGUGGAUGAGGAGGCCAGUAUGCACACAUUUGAUGUUGAUAUCUGCAGGUCUGAGUUGGAGCCGUCCUCAGAGGCGUCCAUCGGCGGAAUCGCCAACGUUGAUGUGUGCGCAGAGGAGCUGGGAGGCCUGCAAGCUAACCAGGACCCCGUGUCUCAGGGAAGCGUAGACAAAUACAGCUCAAUGGAAGCUUCUGGAAGCCAGCUGGAGGAGAAGCAGCUCGACUCCUCAGAACAGAGCCAGACUCUGCUGGAGACGCACCCUACAGGAGACGGAGACAAGCAUGGGAGUGGGAUCACACCAGAGAAUCAUGGGAGUGAGGUCAGACCUGAGGAGGAGACAUGUGUGGAAAGUCACCAUGAAGAACACCAGCAGGCCUCAGACACCUCAGAGGUCAAACCGUCCAAGCAAGCUGAGGCAGAGGCUGCAGACAGUAGUGAAGCAUCUGAUAGGGAAUCUAGCCGUGAGGAGGGUGAUGGGGACAGACUUGUACCGGGAGCAGGGGGGGUUGGCGGGGCAUCUGAUGGGGAAUCUUCCCAAGAGGGUGGUGGUGGGGACAGACUGGCACCGGGAAAGGAGGGAGGUGUUGGGAGUGGGCAUGAUGAGCCUGGGCAUGUAGAGGGCAACAGAGAGGAGGGCAAGGGGUCAGGAUCAGAGGCAGGGUCAGGGUUAGACUCAGAGUCGGAUGUGGAGGAGACAGGUACAGAAAAACCUGAUGCUCCUCAGGACGUGGAUGGAAGCACGUCUGCAGAGGAAAGGGAAGGAAACAUAAUGGCAGACUCACAUGGAGGUGAACUCAGAGGAGACGGUAAGGUGGAGGCAGAGGACGUGAGUAAGCCUGAGGAUGAUGAUGAGGAUGAUGGGACAGAAACAGGUAAAGAUGCCCUGACAUCCACCCUACAGGAUGUGUCUGAGAUUGAGUCCACUCUGCCGGAGAGGAGCGAUGACGAGUGUGAUGUGACACCAGCCAUAGAUCAGCAGGGUGACCACGCAAUAAUCUCAGAUCAGAGAGAGGAGUCUUCCGACACACUCAGCAGGUCAAAGGUCAAAGGUCAUGGUGACCCUGAUGCAGUGUCAGGGGUCAGUGAUGAGCAGCCAUUGAGCCACAGGCAGGAGUCACCUUUGGAGAAACAGCAGAGGAAUCCAGAAGGAUCCGAUUCUGAUUCUGACAGCAGCAAGUCUGAGGAAGAGAAUCCAGAGGUUUUGCACCCAAACCAGCAGGACGUCACCCACCCAAAACAGCAGGAUGUCUUUCACCCAAACCAGCAGGACGUCUUUGAGCAAGCCAGAGAGGAGGAGUGUGAGCAGGAGGCCUGUGAUAAGGAGCUGGAUGGAGAUGGCGAUGAGGAGGAGCAGGAACCUCAGCAGGAGCAGAGCGUCCAGAGAGGGGGCAGUGAGGAGGGCGUCGGGUCAGGCGCAGGGUCAGACAUGGACAGUGAGGACAAAGAUCCUCCCGGAGCUGCUGGGGAACCCACGCUGUCCCUCUCUGGCCUUUCACCACAUCAAACCCAAUCCAGCAUGGAUCCCGUGUCAGCUGAGGAGCGCUCAGAUCAGACAGCUGAGGACAUGAAGGCUUCUGAUGCAGGACAAGACAAGAGCCCACACGCCCAGUCAGGAGACAGCCAAGGUGACGCACAGGAGGAAAACAAAGGUGACCCCAAGGAGGAGUGCGGCCAGCCUCAGGAUGAGGAGGACAUCCUGGACAUUCCACUGGACGACCCUGAGGCCAACCGCGCUGCCGCCAAGAUACAGGCCGGCUUCCGAGGUCACAUGACUAGGAAGAAGAUGAAGGAUGAUAAGGAUGACAAGCCAGAGGAAGUGAGCAGCAGCGGAGAGGCUCUCAAUGGUAACCAGGGCAACGCAGGGGCGUCGGAAGGGGCAGAUACAGAAGACACAUCGGUACCUGAGCAGUGAGGGUCUGCAGUGGCUCGAACACGGGGGUGGCUUCUGGAUCCUGCGCUCUGCUCUCCCAAGACCAACUUUCUAUGUAGAUGUGCCAGAGCCCAGCGUGUAGAGCUAGUGUGGGCUGGGGGUGUUUGUGUGUGUGUGCGUGUGUGUGUAUGUGUAUAUGUAUGUGUAUGUGUAUGUGUAUGUGUAUGUGUGUGUGUUGCUGGUGAACUCUUUUGGUCACAUCUUCUCUGCAUCCUAUCCUGUACAGACCCACACCCCCUCCACCCCAUCGCACCCAGUGUAUGUCUGAGUCACACCAGCGUGUGCUCCCCAUCCAAAGCAUGCCAUUUAGACCUGCCUGAUGCUUGCUCUCUCAGCUUCCUAAAUAAAUCCAAAUAUGUCUGUCUCACCUUUCAGAACCACCCUAUUACCCUUCCCAGCUUUUAAAACCACCCAAUUGCCCUUGCCCAGCGUUUAAAACCACCUGAUUGCCCUUCACAGCUUUGAAAACCACCUCUGAAACUCCUUCAGCUUUUUCUCCAGCAUGCAUCUAGAGUUUCACAUCUAAAUACCCUCACUUUUAAGCACAUUUCAAUCUGCCCCCCUGCCUGUCCAAAUCUACCCCUGCUACCCCUCCUCUCAGCCCAGUACCCCUGUCUCAACCUAUCUCUGCUUUCAAAUGGGUAAUGUGUAGGUUGUUUAGUUGAAAAAAAGAAAUAACAACAGGAUGUGACGACAUAACCGUUUUGACGCAAAGUAAUAAAUACUUAUACCACAGGAGCUGCUGUAUCGAAUACACACAGGCCAAUAGAAGAGCAUUGUCGCAGAUACACAGUCGCAGUUACACAGUAUUUCAAACCCAUUACAUUACCCUUUUCUUUUCUGACCCCACUGCCGUCUUAACCUGGCACUGCCAGCCCAGUGUGCCCUCUCUUCAUUGUGAUCUUAAGCGCUUCCAUUGGAGUCUGACUGGGCCAGGGAGCAAAAUGAAUCCCUGUUAGCCCCGGGGCGCACUGACCAUGACUAGAUCAGUUAGUAGCUAAUCACUGUUAGCCCAGAUCACACUGACAAUGACUACAUCAACUAGUAGCUAAUCACUAUUAGACCAGGGCACACUCACAGUGACUAGAUCAGCUAGUAGCUCAUGUCACUCAGCUCCUCAGUGCCCCUGAGUUCACCUUUUAAACAGACACAUGAUGUCUUAUUACUGUAGAUGUCUAGAGCCUCUUAGUUAGCUUUUCAUCCCAACUCAUGACGCCAAACUGACGUUGACUGGCAUUUAGCAGACACUUUUGAUCCAAAGUGACACGGACUCGCAGUAGCGGGUUUGGGAAUAUUCCGGUGCCACGUGAUGUCCCCAGCCUUCCAGAGCCUCCCCUUACAACCCCCUCCCCUCACCCACCCACCCUCAGUCUGCUUUUUAAACACUGCUAACGUCUCAUUUCUGGGCUGUUUACACCCAUGAAGGCCUGAGCCCCCCCCCCCUUACCCAGCCUGAAUUACCUUUGUCAACCCAGCUUAUGCCCUCAGCUUUUAAAACUCAACCACUCGGUCAUAGAAGCGUUAGUGCACGUGUGAUCAUCCGUGAAAUGGUGUGUGUUAUAAUUGCUUAUAAUAAUGUUAUAAUUGCUUAUAAUCAUGUUUUUAUUAUUGUGUUGCUGUUUGUUUGUUGGAGUGAUCAGGAAUGUAGAUGUUUGUCUCCCAAGGCUGCCCUCUGCUAUUUACAGCUGACUGAUCUUAAUUUGUCCUAUUAUGUGUGAUGUUUGGCACUUUAAGUAUUUAAAUGGUCUCCAUAUAGUCAAUAUUUGCAGUUUAAACAAAAUCAGAACUUCCAACUACUAUUAUACUACUACUACUAAUAUUCAUGAGACGUUUAUUGCACUUUCUAUAUAUUUAUGUUAGUUGUGGAAAUCACUGACCAGAACAAAUAACAUGUGACCCCAUGUGGUGAUGCUGAUUGGCCCGUUCCUGUUGGCAUGGUCACAUGGGGCCAAGUAAUGGGCUGCCUGUGAGAUUAAUAAAGGCCUUCAAAAGCA